AGUUAUUCUAACUGAGAUGAAAUAAAAAUGAAAUGAAUUUAAAUGGGUACCUAGUUAUCAGUCAAAAGGUAUCGGCCUGUAUCGACACUUGUGUGCGUAGUAACCUGACACAAUAUGGCUGCAUCGCGCCAUUCACAAUAAUAUCUAUUAACCAGGUGUUCUAACAACAUUCUUCUUUCUUUCCACAGAUAUGGAAGCUAGUACUGGACUGGCUUUGGGAUUUUUUCUAUUUGUCAUUUGGUCUGUGGAUGUUCAUUGAAGCCAUCCUGCUCUUCAUAUCUGUGAAGAACCUAUCAAAUAUCAGAUCAAUGCAGGGGGAGGGGUUUAGCUGGAAAUGGUUAAUUGCGAUUGGAUACUGUGUGCCCCUGGCUCUGGCGACUCUGCUGUUCGUGCUUCUGAGGUUUGCUGGAAGCCAAACAUGUAUCGAGGUAUCUUGGGACUCAAAAACUAAGGGUUUUGUUUAUUCAGUUUUUCUCUGCAUUACUGCAUUAAACUUCAUCUUCUUCAUCAUCAUCAUCAUCAUCUUGAGCUUCACUAUAAUACGGCAGAAACUUCAGAACUUACAGAGGAGUAACACCAAUAAUCAAAAACUCGUACUAUCUGUGAUGUUUAAAAGCCUGGCCCAGUUUUUUAUCCUCGGCUGCCCUUGGAUUCUUUUAUUUUUCUCCAACGAUUAUAGAUCAUCAUAUGUCUGGAUGUUCUUCGCUAGCCAGCAGGGCACCUUCAUCUUCCUGGUCCACUGUCUCUUCAACCAAGAGGUCAGGCAGCAGUACAGGAAGUACCUGGAUGCUUUUUGCUGCACCAACAAACCUAACACCGCUACAGCAGAUGUGCAGAUGAGCAGCGACUCAGGGGACAACAUGAACGUCCACAGGGCUGUUCCUCCCAGGGUUACAUUGUCAGUGAUUAGCUGAGCUUUUUCAUAUUUUUGAUGCACAUGUUUUUUUGGUUUAGAACUUUUAUUGCUCUUUUAAUUCAUAUAUAUCUUCUUUUUGUUUUUGGUUUUCUGCAUUGUAAACAAAGAGCAACUUUAAUUUUCUUAUAACUUUACUAAAAUGUCAAUCUGUUAAAAGAUGGAAUCAGGUUAGGAUCAGGAUGUGUGAGGUAUGGAUAUGGAUAUGGACUUGUCAGGUCAGGCAUCAUUUAAUCUGCCAGCAUUUCUGUCUUUUUUGUAAAUAUUUUUAACAUAACAUUUAGAAACAUUACCACAAUAACACAUCACAUAACAGAGCAAAACAUUAUUACUGCAAAUGUUUUUAGAAUAUUGCAGAAACGUUAUUUCACAAUUUUUCGCCAAAGGUGAAGUUAAUGUCAGUGAAUAAUAAGCGAGAUGAAGUCGAGGUCGAGAUUAUUCUUCACCAAUAUUCACUGAGCCUGAGGCAGAUAAUUGUUUUAGUAUAAUUACACAGGUGAUUAUUUUUUUUAAAAAUCAUUCAUUUCAAACUUCAAAAGUGGCAUGCAAAUAUGAUAAUGGCACGGCGUAGAUUUGUGUCGCUUCUCUACGCCGAGUCACAUAAAAUCCUUUGUUUUGAAAUCGAUAAAAUAAAUCACAAUCCCACCUUACCUUUGAAUAGUUUCAGACCAAAUUUCUGAGCAAUUUUAGUGUGACGAAGUGAUCAGCCGCCAUUUUGCCGAGUCGCUCGAGGUGAUUAUUGAGAAAUAGAAUCUCUCGACCAAUCAGAGCACGCGAUUUUCUAUAAUCACCUGUGUAUUUAUACUAAUUUUAGUUACAACGAUAGUUUUUGAAGGACAUGUCAAAUGCGUCUGGACUAGGUUUAGAUUUAGGUAGAGAAUUAUUUAAAAUCAACACCAGGAUUACUGGCACCAUUCAAACAAGUCUAUGAAAUCUAUUUCCACUGAGACAAAUAAUUUCAGAAGAACUGUGUGUGUGUGUGUGUGUGUGUGUGUAGAUCAGUUUCUCUCCUCUUCAAUAAAAUGGUAAAUGCAGAUCUGAGAAGAUAAAAGUGAAUAAACAGA